CAAAAAAUAUAUUUAUAUUUUAGGGCAGAAUUGCUUAUAUUGGCUGAAGCAAGUUUUAGGACAAAUGCCUUCAGGAUCAUCAAUGUAAUGAUUCAACUAUGCAAAGACAGGCCUGACUGUAAGGUGCACGUGGAUGAGAUUCUCCACAGCAUCUUCUUCUUAGGUUUCAUUCAUAAACCCCAACAAUUCACCCCCAAUGAUAUCCUUGGUGAACUAAUGCCUGAAGUGGAGGAGGCUUUCCCGAGACCAUUUGAGAGUUACAGAUGUAAACUGCCAAAACGCACUCCGUUCUCCUCUGUGCUGGAUAUGGUGGUCUCCUUGCUUGGACCAGACAGAGAGAUUGACAUACUGACGACUCUGCAGAAAAUCGCCAUAGACAUGUCAGAACCCAAAAUGAAAUACCAGUUCACCUCCUCAACCAUCUGUGUCUCUCAAAGGAAGGAGGUUCAAGGAAAAAAGUGUUACUAUGGAGUGUCCAUGUCCUGCAAUGGGAGGCAAGAAGGACAGAUCAUGGUUGCUGUGUCCUGUCUGCGUACCUGGAACUGCCGUGUAUCCAAUGCCGUGAUGACAUACGACCCAAACACCAAGGAGAAAAGAAAGAACUUUGACCACACCUUCAAACUACCAACGAAUGUCAGGUGCCAGGCUUUCAAUGUAAAGACUGGGAACGAGAUGCAUCCUUGCAAAUCAUGUCAUAAUCUGUUUGGCCUUGAGACAACGGAAACUAAGAUGUGGCCCUACGGGAACUGCGCCGAGGCAGAGAGCUUGAGCAAACUGUUCAAUGGAGAGACAUUUGAUGCUGGGCAAGUAGUAAAUGACGAGGUGCGAAGGCAGGUGAUACGGUCGGUAAGCACUGACCUGCAAAGAAAACUCGGGUCUAUUAAAUAUGUAUGGGAUGGUGACUAUUACAUUCCACAGUAGAUUGUCAAAGAUGAUGGUGAAGCACAUCCAUACACAUACGUACGAACACAUACAUACACACACAAGCACUUACACACUUUACACACACAUAUAUACACUCAUACUGCAACACACUGAGAUCCAAAACAUGAAACAUAUAGUCAUAGCUUGCUGCCAGGCUAGCAACGUCUGAUUUGUGGCUGACAACCAGCGUUGAAACAUUGCCAAAGCAGUGAACCACUCUGUGCAUAUAGUAUACAGUAUAACUGCUAGGCUAUAGCUAUCAGCUCUUAUAAAUGACAUCUGUGAGGUAGAUGGUUCUUUUAGAAGGGGACCGUUGUUUAGAGUACCUCAUGGAGAUACUGUAUAAUUCACAAUAUGCCUGUAAUUUAAUUUAAUAUUCUAGACUAAGCAUUUAACAUAUAUUUUUUUUAAAGAUGAUUUUAAUUGGGAUUUUAAACUUUACUUCUGUAUACUGUAGUUAUUAACGGACAUUUUACUAAUCUGUAACAAAUUACUAAUACUUUAAACGUUGGUGUGAAUUCAUGUCUGGUUUGAUUUCUAGCUAUGUGAGGAAUUCAUCUAAUAAAGGAACUUACAUUGUAGUCAUUGUAAUGUAGCCUAUGUUGUAAUUUGUGUGUGUGAGAGAGAGAUUUUCAGUGCUUACUGUUCUUAGUUUGCAAACGAAAGGGUGAAGAGAGUUGAAAUAGCAGAACAGAAAAACAAGGUGCUGAAAAGUUAAGUGAAAGUAUUCAUGGUAUAUUGUAUAUUGGUAUAUUGAAGUGAAUAUACUGCAUGCGUGUGGGA